AAAUAAGAGAAUUCACUCUCUCUCAUGAGCCAUUGACAUGAAAUCAGGUCUUCAAAAUUCUUGCCUGGAAACCUGAUUUCAUAUCUUUAGAAGAAAGAAUUAAGAAAAAAGAAGAUGGGGUGCUCAUUUUCUGGGCUGAAUGCGCUAUACGACGCCGUUAAUGGAGGAGGGGACGUGUGGAUCAAUGACAACCGGUUCAGGGUCGUGAGGCAACUCGGCGAGGGUGGGUUCUCCUACGUUUUCUUGGUCAAGGAGGUGCUCGCUGACUCUGCUUCCGCCUCUGGUGGUGGGUCUGGUUUGGCUAAGAAAGUCAAGGACCCUUCUCAUCUCGCUGAUGAUGGCACUUACGCUAUGAAAAAAGUUCUGAUUCAGAAUACUGAACAGUUGGAGAUGGUGAGGGAGGAGAUCCGUGUAUCCUCACUGUUCAGUCAUCCCAAUCUGCUUCCACUUCUUGAUCAUGCUAUCAUUUCUGUUAAGCCUACACCAGGAGGAUCUCGGAACCAUGAAGCGUACUUGUUAUUUCCUGUUCAUUUGGAUGGAACUUUACUGGACAAUGCAAAUGCCAUGAAAGCUAAAAAGGAGUUCUUUUCUACCUCAGAUGUUCUACAUAUAUUUCGACAGCUUUGUGCAGGCCUCAAGCAUAUGCAUAAUCUUGAUCCUCCUUAUGCACAUAAUGACGUCAAACCUGGUAAUGUUGUUCUAACUCAUAGAAAAGGACAACCACCUCUUGCCAUAUUAAUGGACUUUGGUAGUGCUCGACCUGCGAGGAGGCAAAUUCGCUCUCGUUCAGAGGCGCUACAGUUGCAGGAAUGGGCAUCUGAACAUUGUUCAGCUCCUUUCCGAGCACCUGAGUUAUGGGAUUGCCCAAGCCAUGCAGAUAUUGAUGAGAGAACUGACAUCUGGUCAUUAGGAUGCACUUUGUAUGCAAUAAUGUAUGGUUUAUCUCCAUUUGAAUAUGCACUUGGAGAAUCUGGUGGAAGCCUACAGUUGGCCAUUGUAAAUGCACAGGUAAAGUGGCCAACUGGUCCUAAGCCUAAGUAUCCAGACGCACUUCACCAGUUUGUCACAUGGAUGCUUCAGCCCCAGGCUGCAGUCCGCCCUCAUAUAGAUGAUAUUGUGAUUCAUGUCGACAAGUUGAUUGCAAAGUUCUCUAACUGAGAAUAUCAGAAUGAGACCAGGGGAGUGUGCUACAUCAAUUGACCAUGUACAUGUCAGCAGGUUGGCUUAUUAAUGUUGGUCGUCAUCCAUUUUUUUUUUUUUUUUCCUUCUAAGUGAUAUAUGGUAGCGAAAUUACCACCCCACCAAAAAAAGAAAGAUAUAUGGCAACGAAAGAAAUAGUGUUCCCUGUCCAAUGGUACACAGAUUACCUUUUUGAAGUAGUUUGGCAGUUGUGCAUUGGUUUAAUUUUUUUGUUUGUCCUGUCAUAACUUUUUAGUAUUCUCUCUUCCAAUGCAUCAAAGUGCUGGCUCCUCUUGAUUAGAUUUUAUUGCUUAGUAAAUGCGUGAUUAUUUGUGAUCUACUCAAGCUAUUUAUGUUUCUUGUUACAAAAAUUUACAAAGUUAGGAUUUGGUUAAGCUCGUGAAUUAUUUCAUUGUGAUGUACAUCAAGUUUAAGUUCAAAUAAAUAUAUUUUUGUAAUUCA